UCGUCGAAUCACCGUUGCUAUUCUUGUCGUGUGCGUUCUCUUAUUCGUAAUAUAUUGAUAAAUUUUUCAAUUUCGCCAUGAAACGCAAAGCUACUCUCGAGGACUACGGCUUUGCAGCAUCGAAACGCCUGAAGACACCUUGUAAAAUUUCUGAUUUACCGAAUGAAAUGUUACGUGAAGUUUUCAAACACUUAUCGAUUAACGAUCGUUUAAUUGCUAGACGUGUUUCUUCAUUUUGGAUGGAGUUGAUGAACGAGUACUUUCAAGACGAUAAUACACUUCGUCUCGCUAAUUAUUGGGACUUUUCUCCAACGGGAUCUCUGUACAAAACAUUCCAAGCCAGAUUGUCAUCCACAAAGGCAAAGCGAGUUUUUUCACGAUUUUCGAUUGUAUGGUGUUCAAAGGAUAAAUUCAUCGAUUUUGUUAAUUUCAUCAAAUUAAUUGGAGAUGAGAUCCGUUUUCUUCGCAUUUCCUACAGCUCAACCAUCGAAUCCAUUAAUGAUCUCUACGUCAACUUACCCAAUCUUGAGUCUUUGGAAGUUUGUGAAGAAGCAUUGCCCGAUGUCUCUGCCUUUCCAUGCAACCUGAAGUCGAUCAAAAUAACAAGCCAAUUCACGCAACUCGAAAAAUUACCGGACAUUCAGAAAUUUGCGUCUCUCGAGCAUUUUAGCACCAAAUCUCUUGUCAUCAAACAAAAUACAGAUGCUCUUGCGCCAUUCCUUGACCCGAAAUUGAAGACAUUAUUGGAUUCUAUCCUUGGCGACGACGUUCAUGGGUCAAAUAUGAUUAAACUGGAUACAGCUUUCAACUUUUGUGGAGAAGCUAAAUUAAUUGCAGACGACAUUACCGAGGUCCGAAUUGAAAAUAAGAUACUAAAUGUUGCACCAUUGACUGAUUUCAACAAUUUAAAGAGAUUAGAGUUUUACAUGAAAAAUCAACCUGUUAUCCAUUUCGCAUCUUUAAACGAGGGCAUUCAAUUUCCCAGUGUCGAAAAAUUGCAAAUUAGCGGGAAAAAGUUUUCAAACGGAAUGCUAACGGAUAUUCCGAUUUUACUACGAAAAUUUUUCAAUUUAACAUCAUUGACUAUUGGAUGGAAUGUAACAGUUCAAGAUUUUCGGACAAUUUGCGAGCAUAUGCCUAAAUUGGAACAUUUGAGAUUCUCAGCCUCUAGAAUAUCGAUCAAUACUCUUUUUGACCGAAACAAUUUUUCACUCAAAGAUCUAAAAUUGCUAGAAUCGCUUUCGGUUCAAACAAAACCGGAAAUUUUGUUUUCAGCUCAGCUGACAUGGCCUUCUCUUCCUUAUUUGAUGAUCGUAGAUCUAAAAGGAGAAGGAUUCCGAUAUCUUGAUGAGAGUUUCUACGCUCAAAUGGCCCAAAAUUCUCCAAAUAUAAAGGAAUUUGAAAUUUAUUACAACAGAAAUUCAGUAGAAAAUGAGCCCUCAAAAUUUUUUCCGUUACUCCAGUCUUUAAAUUUAAAAGUUCUAAGUCUUCCUGGUGAAGGUGCAAAUAAUUCAAUCAAUAACAACAACGUCCUUAUUGAAUACGUAAUCGCACAUUGUAAGAAAUUGGAGCAUUUCAAGAUUUUCGACGAUAACGAGAUUUCUUUGGCACAAGAAAUUCGAUUAUUCAGAAGUUUAUCGAAACUAGAAACAAUAGCGUCUGAGUCUAUGGAUACCGAAACGUUGUUUAGAGUAAUAGAACGCUGGGAAUUUAGAAAUUUAAAGAAAUAUUUGGCUGAAACAAUUCACGUGUACAAAGAUGUGCCCGGAACGAUUGCAUACCUGUACGACAACGAGAUCCCUCAUUCGAAGCGCAUUCAAAUGGAAAAGGAUUUUGAAGCCAAACAUAAAGGACAUUCCAUGAAAAAGUGGUACAUUGUCUUACAUGAUUAUUUAAAGAUGAGCUUUUUGGAUGUUUGUUGUAUUUUAAAAUAUUUUACGACAAAAUAAUUCAUUCAAAAAUUAAUUAAACUUAAUUUUUCAACUUAACAAGAUUUUUUUUUCAACGCUUUUAAAUAAAUUUUAAAAGUUUCUUGUAAAAUUCUCGAUCGCUCAUUACAGAAUAAUUUUCUUACAUUCCAAAAAGAUU